CACACCGCACUCGCAAGCUUGCGCUUCCGCGCCUACCCGCUGGUCGCGGUACCAGCUAUAGCAGCUUCCCGAUCGCAGUGCAGCAGCAUGAGUGAGGUCGCAAAGGCUCAGACCGCAGCGCCCGGUGGCGACACCAUCUUUGGAAAGAUCAUCCGGAAGGAGAUCCCGGCCAAGAUUGCGUACGAGGACGACACGGUGCUGGCGUUCCACGACGUGGCGCCGCAGGCGCCGGUGCACGUGUUGGUCAUCCCCAAGAAGCCGAUCGCGAUGAUCCAGGACGUGUGCGAGGACGACGAGCCGCUGAUUGGGCACCUGAUGGCGACCGCCGCCAAGGUUGCGAAGGGUCUCGGAUUGGAUGACGACGGCUACCGACUGGUAAUCAACAACGGAAAGCACGGCGCGCAGUCUGUGUACCAUUUGCACGUCCACAUCCUUGGGGGGCGGCAAAUGACGUGGCCGCCGGGGUGAGCAGAGGCCGAAGCCGUGAGGGCCGAAGCACCAUCUUUGGUGCGCACGGCGCGCGGCCGGAUAGGAUGAGACGCAAGGCCUCAUACAGACAGAGACACGUGUGCAAGCGGACACGCCCCUCAGAGGGCCUUCUUGCCACCUCGAGUUCAGUGGCAGAGGAGAGACGUGAUUGUGUCGAGAAAUCACGCAGGGAUAGUUAGCAUUGCAUUUGAUCUCUAGACUCUACACGACCC